AUAUGUUUGUUUCUUUUGCAGAAGAUAUGCAGCGAGUCUCUUUAAAGAGCGUGAGGAAUAUUGCUUCUUGGAGAGCAAAAUUCAAAGCUUGCCAGAAAUUAUUCGAAGUUCACAGAUCACAGAACUAGCGAAAAGUUAUUUUGCAUACAACGAGGAAUAUGAAGAAUUUGAGAGGGGCGUAGAAAAGCUCCCUAGCAUCAUGGAAAGACAAAAAUUUGAAAAAUUAGAUAUCCGUCAGGUGAUUCGCUAUCUUAGCAUUUGGACUGGUUUGGACUAUGGGACGCUAAUACACGUUUAUAGAGCUGAAGAAGACAAAUUGCUUUGGCCUACAAUGGAAAAACUUGCAGCCAUCAGGGCAAGGCAUCAAGAGUUUAAACUGGAUAAGUAUUUCCUGCAAGUAGAUUUAUUAAUCAAGGAAAUUGAGAAUAUCGUUGCUGAUAUUCCACGUAAUGAUACCAAAAAGAAUGACGUGACUCUUCUGAAGGGCAAAAAUAAUGUAACAACUGAAUUAAUUGAAGGAAGACAUGAAACAAGAACAGAUGAAUUGGUUGAAAAUCACUUAGGAAUUGAAUGUGUUCCUGUUGAUUUGGAUCUGAUACUUUAUAAAAACGGUGUCCUCUUUGACGGUGGAAUGUUUAAAUAUGAUUGGCUGGUUAACCUUAGAAAAGCCUUGAGAGGAGACCGACCUUUCAAGCCAGAAUAUAUGGAUAAAGAGCUGAGGUAUACUUUUCAAGAUCGCAUGGACGAGAGAUGCCCUGUUGGGAAAAUGCACUUCUAUCUUCGAGAUUUUUACACAAAUAUAUAUAACAAGGAAGACAGAAAAGCAGCAGAAGAAGCAGAAAAAGCAGCAAAAGUAGCAGCAGCAGCAGAAGCAGCAGAAGUAGCAAAAAUAGAUAAAAUAUUAAGAGAUGCAGUAGCAGAAGCAGGAAACGAGAUGGAAGUAGACAUUUGAUUGCCUUUUUUUUUCUCAAUCCCACUUUUAUUAAAACAAAGUUUGAAUAACAUCUAAAUCUCUUACUUUUUUAACAUUAUUUUUUCAUUGUAAUCAAUAGAGUUUAUAUAAAAUGAAUUAUUUACAAACUAAUAUAGAGGAUUAUUAUACCCUUUUACUCAUUUUAGCCAUGUGGCUGCGGUCAUGCUGGAGCACCACAUUUUACAAAGUAUUGUGUUGAAUCAAAAGCUUUGCAAUAUUUUAAUGCCUUAUUUGCUUUUUUCAUCGAGUUACAGCAAAGGCAGCCUAACAUUCAAAGUGGAGGCUAUCAUGCUGCACCAUCUGAAGCCACUUUUCUGCCAGUUCUUUGAUUCCAUGUUGAUACCAGUUCUUGUCUUUCAAGAUAAAGAAUUCCUUCAGUGAAGUUUCCUCCUAAUUUUGGUUGAUGAAGCAUUGUAAGCAGCAGGAGCCAUAGAGGGGAACAAGUAAUAAUCCAAGGGGGAUAGUUUUCUGUAACCCUGAGGGAGAUAGCUUAAGCACACACAUGUAGCCCUCAUGUGUUCAACUAAAUAAAUCUUUCACUAACACAUCCUGGGUCUCUGUUAAUUUUUUUGUGUAUAGCUUAACUAAAGCUAUACUAUAAAGAUUAAUAUUCAGCAUAACUUAUUCUCUCGGUAUAUUUCUUUACUUGCUUUCAAGUCCAGUCUACUUCUUCCUCUUUGUGCAAUAGAAGAAUCUUCCUGUUGUGAAAUAGCUGUAUGUGUUAACGGUUUGCAAGAUGCAUCACAGAGAUAAUAUCCUUACUCUUUUUUGUGGAUUAUUUUACACAAUAAAGUGAGCAUUUUUAGCAGAAUAUUCUAUGUUAAUAGAUGAAAGAUAGCAACACUAAUUUUUAUGUUUAAUUUCUAUUAUAAAUUCAUUUUUAAAGUACCAAUUAUUUCUGAAAUGACAAAAAAAAAAAAGUUAAAUUCAGAACUGUAUCAAAAUCAAAAAGAUAUGUAUUCCAUUUCGUUAUAGAUAAUUAAGGAGAAAUCUAAUUAGGGUGAAGGCCAGUUCUCCCAACAUUCUCUGAACACCAUAAUUAGAAGGGGCCUUGACAUGACUGGAGCUGGGUCUUAACUGUGGGGAUGGUAAAGCACUCCAGCAGAUUAACCCUCUUUCCAUACAAGGGAGUCAGACAUCUAAUCUGAGACAUGACAUGCUGCGACAAGCUCUUCAGCUCCAGUCUGCAAACUCACCUGAAAUGCAAAGGAGAGAAAAAUAAACAAAUACAGGAGCCUGGCCGGCUGCUAUCAGUUUGUGUUGCUUUUCUGUCAAAAUCUUGAGUGUCCUCAAACUUCACAUUGUCAGUUUCCAUAGCAGGGUCAGGAUGGCUGUAGCCAUCUGGAGGUGGACCCUGUGAAGUGCAGUAGCUGUUGUAGUGGUUGUCACUAGCCAUUCUUCACAGCAGCAUCUUUGUGGUCAUGACCAUGAGGUAUGGCUGGGUGUGCCCAUUGCUCCCACCCCACUGUCUUCUACUGCUUGAUCCCCACCCUCUUUCUUCAUUUUCUUUGUUACCUUGGUGAGAUGGUUGUGGGGUUUUUUUCUCGAUGAUUUGAUUUUUUUGUACUUUUAGUGUUAUUUUUCUUUUGUUCCUAUAAAAAUAUGUUGUUAAUAAAAAAGUUUACAUCAAUUAAAAAUACAAAUAAAAUUUUAAAAAAGCACCACAUGAA